AUGACGAUGACUUCCUCAUCAACGCACAUCCCAAGAAUCAAGUUCACCUACGGAAAGCGCAAGUCACGACUCCAGGCACUCACCCAGCAGUACGAUGGCGACAGCAGCGAUGAGCAGGAGCAGACUUCAAGCCAACAGAAACAAUAUCAGCAAGAGCCAAAGAAAACCACCCGGCGCCUCUCAGAUCGGCUGAACGACGAAACCAGCACGCUUAGUCAAUCUCCAAGCAAUCCUAAUCGUGAAACAACCCCUCUGGAUCAAGAUCUACUCCUACUUCUACAGGUCCAGAAACCGCAAACAUCCACCACUCGGCCCAAGCGGGCUCGAUCAACCAAUCAGUCUCCUCAAGAUAACCGUAAAACCCAGCUUCUUCAGCCCAGCCAGCGCCCAUCACCUCGACGCGUAUCCAAUAAACGACCGCGAACAGUAUCCACAACUGAACAGGAUAGGCAACGUCUCACAAGGCCCCAAGUCCCUCAACGUAGGAUCACUCGCACAUCUUCUCAGAUAUCACUUGUCCCAUCCCAGCCAGCUUCUCCUCAGCCUUUCCAACCAGAACCCAGUCCACCAUUGCCAGAUCAGAUAGUCAAACCCCUCGCUACACCGUCAAACUUGCCCCAUGCCCACUCGCUUCAGCCUCGUCCAUCAUCAGACACCCACGACCAUUCUGAUCUUUUCGCCAUCCUCGAAUCUAUCAAGACCUGCAAUGAAUCCGAAGGACCCGAGUCGACUCAAUCUCCCAAGAGGAAAGCACGAGUAGCACUAAUGGGCGGUAAAACUACCUCCCAAUCUGGUGCUCUUUCACCCUCGGCUGCCUCCGCUUGUUCCCGACCAACGAGUCCGAUCGCCCGUCCAACAAAUAACCGACUACUGGGGCGUGUUCUCAGCUCCAGCUCUUCUUCUGAUCUCUUCGGACCAUCCACCACCCGAACUUCCACCAACCUCACCACCACAAGGAAACCACUCUCACGACAACUGUCCUCGGAUGUCCCCCCGAUACCCGUCAAUCAUGAAGCGAUCAACACUAGCAACUUAGUCGGCCUGUUUCCAGGUAGUAGUAAUCCGGUCAAAAAAACCUACGGCGGUCAAAGGACAUUCAAACCAGACGAGAACGAGUUGAAAUUAUUAUUGCCACUAUCCACGCCGGCUCCACCCCGGACCUCGAAGAGAUCUUCUGCGCCGACCCCGGGCUCGUCUCGAUUGGUGGGCGCUCUCAAGAGGUUCCAAAGCCGCGAAACCUACAGCGAGCUGCGCAAGAAGUGGGGCGUGGAUGAAGACGAUGAGUCGAUCGAGGAUCAAAAUGACCUGCAGACGACCAUCCAUCAGCGUGCUAAGGGAUCUUCCAAACGGUUCACCGAUGAGCUGUCGUACUUGAUCGAAGGCCUUAAUGCCUCCGGAGCUGACCACCCCGACCUCAGUCUCAAACGUUCCAGUGCAGUCGAGUUGAUCAAGAAACUCAAAGAGCAAGAUUUUCUGAACGAACUACGCUCGAAUGGAAUGAUCGAACAUUUCUAUAACUCCUUCAGGACCGCAGGCGCAGGAGAUGGCGAUCCGAUCCUCGACCAUGCCCUGAUGAUCUUCAUCUCUCUGCUUUGUUGUCAAGACCAAAAGUUUAUCGAGCCCGUAUUGAGAAUCAUCCCCAAAGACUCUGCCCAAGUCUUCUCGAUGCAAUCCGACUGCUUGCAGCUCUUGGGAACCGUCGCCGGUCGGGCUUACCCCCAACCGCCUGCCAAACCUCGUGGGACUUCACGAAGACAUCCUCCAUUGGAUUCUCAGAUCCAAGAAGUCAUUCAAGAAUCCAUUCUGAGGAAACACAUCCCAGGAGCCAGCAGUCCCGCGUUAUUGGCACUGUUCAGUCUGGCCCGUAUCGCCAUGUUUGUCCCCCGCCCCGGCCUCCUUCCUCAACGAUCUAUCGUCCAUUGCUCCGCUUUUGCCUCCGUCAUCGAUUGCUUGAAGGUUUAUAGUGGAAAGCUUCAUAAUUUAUUUGAUAGUUCCAUCCCACUUCAAAAUUUUUCGAAUGGAGAUGGUCAGGAUCCUUUGAAGCAUGUAGGAUACUGUAUGGAUGUUAUCGAAGCCUGCACGGUUUGCGACGAGGACGCUUUGAAUUCAAUCAACUUGUUCAGAGACCCAUUGGCCCAGGUGUUUGGAUCACUUAUUUCACUCUGUCAUAGCUUGGCUAGACAUGACCAAUCGAAAAUAGCAAUGACUGCAUUGGAUAUCCUGAUCGGUUGUUUACGGACGAUGGUCAAUGUGACAAAUUACAAUGCGAUCUGGGCUUCGGAACUGAGUACACCAUCGGUCUUACAAGCCUUGUGUGGUCUAUUUGGGAUCUGUCGGGAGGGAUUUAACCAACACAGAUCGAAUCAGAAACUCAAAGAACGAGCGGAUAGUCCUCUAGCAAUUACCAACCAUCCUCAAGAAUGGCCUCGUCCGUCUCAUGAUAACCGUGUCGAUGAUGUCGUCUUUGAUCUGUUGUGUGUCAGCUUGGGACUGCUGGCUAACUUGCUCGAGCAAUCCACUCCAGCCACUGAUAUGCUAAGAGAAACUCGAGUUCAAGAACCAGUCCUUCCUUCAACUCGGGCUAUGACCGAACCAAAAAAACAAUCCAAGUCGAUUAACGGGUUCGAAGAAUUGCUCAAGUUGUACAUAGAUCCUCCUUGUGGAAAAUUGGACGAGAAGAAGUUUAUCAGAGGGUCGAUCAGCGUGUUGAUCAAUUUGACAUUACUGAAUGGGUAUGAUGAUGCCCAGGUAGAUCUGGAGGAUGAUAGCUAUCAAGCGAUCAACGAGCUCGAAAUCAUCCAGAGUUUCAAGAGAAUUCUCGAGCGAGUAGGUCUCCAUUCUGACGAUCAUCGUCGUCAAGAAGCGGGCGGCCGAGAAGAUUUGAUUCUUGAGCAGGGAGGUGAAGGAUUGAUCGAGGGGGGUGGAGAACGAGAGAGUGGAAAGCUGGCGACGAAGAACGAGAUCAUCAAGAGUUUCUUGGCCGAUCUGAAGCUCCAUUCCGGCGCCUCCUCCGCUCCGUCCUCUCUCCCCCUUCAAGACCCCUCAGCAGCAUGUUCUCUUCCCUUCGAUUGUCAGCCAAACACAGUCGAUCAUCUGACAGUCUUAGCCUCUUGUUGGAACCGGUUGCGAGUCGAACUCAUCUGA